UAACACACACACUACACAUCCAUGCAUGUAUAAUAACACACUACACAUCCAUGCAUGUAUAAUAACACACUACACAUCCAUGCAUGUAUAAUAACACUACACAUCCAUGCAUGUAUAAUAACACACUACACAUCUCGGCGUAGGGGGUGGGGGGAUGGGGGUGCUGCCCCCCCCCCCCCGCGUGACGUCACGGGGGGUUCUGGGAAGACACGUGGCCCUGGCUCUCUCCGCGGCGGCCGCUCGGCAGUGACAUCACGACGUCCCCGCCCCCUGCGCGACGUCAUUUACUAGAGAUGGGCCGUGGUGAAAUCCGUUCCACAUCCCCCGCCCCCUCUUGCUGCGCGCCUCUCUCUAUAAAUACACCUCCCUGCGCUUCCCCACACACACACAGUCCUAGCAAGCCUGGGCCACGCGUAGACUCCCACCCCCCCCAACUCAACCUCCUCUCUCGCUUGCUCGCUCGCACGUACGCACGCUCGCACGCCAUCGCUCGUCACCCUUGGUGCCAUCACCACCACGACGUCGGCCAGCCAAGAAGAGAGUCGGGAGGAGAGAGUUGGUCCGCCCGCCCGCUUGAUUGCUAUAGGAGUUUGGUCUGAGAGCCUUUCUCAUCCGGAAGAUGCUGGCAAUGCACACCAUGCAGCCCAUGUAUGCCGAGCUGCGAGACGCAUUGGCGUCAAGCUAUGAUGAUGAAGCAUCAUUAACAUACAGCUCGGAUACGGACAACAGCCUGAAGUAUGAUGACCCUUUGGACAUCAUCGAUCAGUACAUCAUACACGAGCUGCAGAAGUGCGGGAACUCAGAUAAAAACUUUAUCAGUGGGAGCGACGUGACGCUGUCUGGGUACGAAGGCUCCGAGUCCUCCUACCAGUCCCUGCUCGAUGAGCCCCACACGGCUCCCUCCGUGCCGUCUCCGACGCUGAGCUCGGCGGACGACGCCGAUUACGACAGCGACGUCCCGACGCUGCAGAUCUCCGACACGGAGAGCGAGGACGAGGAGGAGGAGGAGGAGGAGGGGGACGAGGAGGGCUGCCGGAGGAGGUGCCGCCCGGUUGAGCUGCCGCCCUUCGGCAGCGUCGCUGGCGGCGACGGCCAGCAGCAGCAGCAGCAGCAGGGCCGCCACCGCCACCACCACCAGCACCACCACCAGCAGCAGCAGCAGCAGCAGCUACCUCGUGGUGUGACUGUGAAGAGGGAGAAAGGAGUGGGGAAGCGAGGCAAGACGAGGUUGUACCAGUUCCUCAUGGAGAUCCUCCAGGACCAGAGGAUGUGCCACUGCAUCUGGUGGGUGGACGAGCGCCAGGGCAUCUUCCAGUUCUCGUCGCAGCACAAGGAGGAGCUGGCGAAGAAGUGGGGCCAGCGGAAGGGCAACCGCAAGGCGAUGACCUACCAGAAGCUGGCGCGGGCGCUGCGGAACUACGAGGCGACGGGCGAGAUCCGCAAGAUCAAGAAGAAGCUGACGUACCAGUUCGGCGCCAAGAUGAUGGGCGCCUUCAGGCGAUGAUGAAGAGGCCGACUCCGCCGCCAUCGCCACUUGUCCACGGCCAUCGCGCUGGAGGGAAGAGGGAGGAGAGAGAGGGCUUCUCUCUCCCCCGUCCGUUGCCCUCUGCGCGUGGUUUUUUGAGGGGAAGCGUCGUGUUGCCGCGCUUCCGGAGGCUGCCUGUGUGGGCCGUGCCCCUCUGAUUAUGAUGAUGAUGAUGAUGAAAACAAUUAUUAUUUUAGUUUAAUAAUUUCUUAUAAUUUCUUAAUAAUUAUAAUAAUUAUCAUUAAUUAAUUUUUUUCUUCCUCAAUCCCGCUGGCUGCCAGAUUAUCGCGCCGGGCAGCGAUCCCCGCGGGGGCGGCGGUGGGGGGGGGGGUGGGGGGGGGGGGGGAGCGCCCCUCUCGUAACCAAUACGACUAAAAUCUGUCUCGCUUUGCCGAGCAGGGCCACCGACCCCACCCAGCCCCCCAGGGGUUGUGGGAUGCGAGUGGGGAAGAGGAGGAGGGGGGGGGGGGGGGGGUAGUCAGAGCCGCCACGCGAGGACUCCCCCGCAAAGGAGCGAGCAGCUCCCGAGAAGGCGCUCGGAGGGGAGCGAGGGACGUCGUCGCGCCUCGCCCCGACGGUAACACCCAGCGGCGGCGGCACGACCCGCGAAAUGCACCGAUUCGGCGUAGUUCGGCAAAUGUCAUCGUGGUGACGAUCACGCCGUUCUGUCGUGGUGACGAUCACGCCGUGCGUCUGUGUUUGUACGUGGUGGGAUCGUGUAAUGGACCUCGCGUUUUGUCGCCGCAGCGAACAUAACUCGACGUCGGCUGGCACUGCUGGCUGCUGCUGCUGCUGCUGCUGCUGCUCAAAUCGUGGCAUCGUUCUGAUUGGUCGAAUCCCCCCCCCCCCCCCCCCCCCCCGUCGAGGCUUACGCCUGUUGGUUAGCGACAAUGUUGCACGCGUAGUUUGGUAUCCCCGUCCCUGCGUGCGUGUAAAUAAUGGAACUAAAACUAUUUUUAUUGUACCACAGAAGGCCCCCCCCCCCCGCUGAGCUGUGUAGAUCUUCUUUUCAGAAGCGACCCUGGCCACGAACGACAGCAGAUCAUCGACGAGAAGUGGCUCCCCCAUCGCCCAUCGUCGUUGUCGUCGUGCGGGAAUCUAUAGCAGCAGCCAAAAUUGCCCUUUAAGGGUGCGCCCGUCGAUUCUAUAAACGUGGAGGGGAAAACCGGAGGAGGACCUGGGCUGGGGGGCAGGAGGGGCAGAGUGAAAGAGAGACGCGCAGACUCCAAAUAUGCAGCAGCAGCAGCAGCAGGCGUCAGGAGUCGGGAUGGAACCCCCCACGACCUCCUGCGUACCAGGCGAGGCGGUCAACAUCUCCUAGCCAGCGGGGCACCCAGUGGCGAGGAGAUGUAGUAGGUUGCGUUAAUGAAUGUAAUGUUACUGUCUUAUAAGAGACCCAGAGGUGAGGAGAACGUUUUGAGGCAGGGGUUGGGGUUUUUUUUUUUUAACUUGUGAUCUAUGUUUCCUGCUGCUUCUCCCACCGCCGCUCGCGUGAGAGAUGCGUUGCUGGCGCAGGCUUCACGUCGCCGUGACGUCACCGUGACGUCGCCGUGACGUCACCGUGACGUCACCGUGACGUCGCCGUGACGUCGCCGUGACGUCGCCGUGACAUCGCCGUGACGUCGCCGUGACGUCGCCGUGACAUCGCCGUGACAUCGCGAACUUCGUCGCCGUGACAUCACCGUGACGUCGCGAUCGUCGUCGCCGUGACGUCGCCGUGACGUCGCCGUGACGUCGCCGUGACGUCGCCAAUGUUACCGUGCCGUUGUCGUCGUUCAUUGCAACGUCGUCAAUGUCAUUGUGACAUCAUCCAUGUCAAUGCGGUAUCGAUGUUCGUUGUGACAUCGUCAAUGUCAUUGUGACAUCAUUGUGACAUCCUCAAUGUCAUUGGGACAUCCUCAAUGUCACUGUGAUAUCAUUGUGACAUCGUCAAUGUCAUUGUGACAUCAUUGUGACAUCGUCAAUGUCAUUGGGACAUCGUCAAUGUCACUGUGAUAUCAUUGUGACAUCGUCAAUGUCGUUGCCAGUGUCGUCAUAUCGUUAGCGUCGCCGUAACUUGAACUUUUAAAAAGUGUCUUUUUAAAAAAAACGUCGUGCAGGCCAAUUUCUGUUGACAAAAAAAAACAAACGCAAACACAUUGAGCAGAUCAAUAUUUUCUCGGAUUCGGUUGAAAUGAAUCGGGGGAAUCGCCGGCGAUCACGUCUUUAUUUUAAGCCCUUAAAAGAGCCAACCUGCAGCUGGGAAAGGGGGAUUGGGAAGGUUUUUACGUACGAUGUUGGAAGACUCGUGGGGCAUUUAAGCAUACCGCCACCAUACGUGCACGUGCACAAAUGUAAAUGCUUAUUCAUUUGUUGCAACGGAACUUUGCAUCGUAGCGGUUGCACGCAACAAAAAAAACGACCCGCGAGUACGAAUUUAACUUUGCAGUGAGGUUUGCAACACGUGAGGCAACCAAAUUUACAUUGGCGCUUCCGAUGAUGUUCGGGGUGGCGGUUGUACAUAAGGAAGAUAGUGGGGGGGGGAACUGCUGUUGCGAUCGCGUGUCCUGUAAAUACACAGCGCCUCCCACGCGUCUUGUAAAUAGUCCAGCAGUUGCCGAUCUUGCCAGCGUCAAGAAGUCUGUACAUAGGAAUACAGUGGGGGGGGGGAGGGGUGGUUGUGUGCGUGGGAGCCACUCGCAGGCCGCCGUAGCCGACCGCGAUCGUCGCGUGCGGGACCGUCUGGGGGGCGCGUCCGGGGUGAGCCGAACCUCGCGUCGGGCUCCGGGGGGAAAAAAGAGGCGUGGGGAGGGGGAAAUAUGAAACAAUUGAACCGUUUACAGCGUUGGAGAUCGCGAUAUUGAGUGCUGUGCCCAAUCUCCUCCUGGGAGGGCGUCGAGAUACACGCGAAGAUAUAUUUUUUAAUGGUUGCGUUGUUGUCGAAGGCUUUGCAAUAAAAGCGCCGUAUAUAUUUCUAGGAUUG